GAUAUAAUCAUUUCAAAAAUGCUAGAAACUACAACCGUUGUUACACUAAUUUAUUUAUUUAAGAUUGGUAUAGUAAUAAAAAGUAAUACUCUCUAAAACAAAAUUACUAAGAACAAUCCCAAGAAAUUAUAUGACUAGUAUUGCUACAGCGGAACCGUUUCUCUCUCUAACCAUGGGAAAGAGAGGGAGACCGUCAAAAACCACCGGAAAAGAUCCCGGAAAUCAACUUUCCAACGUAGAUUCACAGUCUCCGUCUACAUCCAAAGCAUCGACGUCGAGAGAGAGAGUUGGGGAUGAUCAGCCAUCUAGUGAAUUGAGUGAAGAUCUGCAGGAUAAGCCAGAUCCUGAUGCGCUACCUGACCCAGAUUCAAAUAAGAAGAAGAGUUUUGCAGAAGUGGUGGGAAUUCAGGAGGAUCUAAACCUAAAUCUGUCAUACAUCCCAGCGGAAGAAUUAGACGGUAAGCAAAUCAUACGUUUUUCCAUAGAUGAUGUGAUCGAACCUGGGAAAUAUUGGGAUACUGCUUUAAUCUGCUGCAUCUUAGGAGCCAACCCUCCGUUGGAUGUCGUGAAAGGAUUUCUGUCCCGUAUAUGGAGAACCUAUGCCAUUGAUGAUAUAUCUUUUUUUAAGGAAGGUCAGUUUAUUGUAAGAUUCAACAAGGAGGAAGAUAGAGAUGAAAUUCUCAAACGUAAAUACUAUUACAUGGAUAACAAGCCAGUUUUUGUACAGAAAUGGUAUCCAGGAUGCAAAGUGGACAUAAUGUCACGCAAGGAUAUACCUAUAUGGGUGCAAUUCCCGGAUCUAGAAAUGAAAUAUUGGAGUCUAACAGGUCUAAGCAAGCUCGGGAGUGCUAUUGGGAAACCUGUGAAAAGAGAUAAGGCUACUGCCUCUAGAGUGAAAUGGUCUUAUGCAAGAAUUUUAGUAGAGGUCCAGAUUAAUCAGUCCUUCCCUGAUCAGAUCCAUUUCCUCAAUGAGGAUAGCAGGAUCAUAACCCAACAGGUGAAGUAUGAAUGGGCCCCAGUACUGUGCUCUCAUUGCAACAAAAUUGGGCAUGUACUAGAGAAGUGUAGAAAGAAGAAUCCUCCCCAAGAUGUCCCUGGAAAACAGAAGAAGAUAUGGAAACCAAAAUAUACAAAGAAUGAAGAUAAAACUGAUGCUCCCAGUAGCCCAAAGCCUAAAGUAGUGGAUGCUGAGGCAUUAUCCCUGACAAUGAAUGAGAAACUGAAGGACAAAUUCCCAGAACCUGCUGAAGAGGAAGGAUUUAUAGAGGUAAACAAAAGGAAAGCUGCAAGGAGAUUUUCUCUGGAUAGUAAUGAAAUAUACUUGGGUGGAAUACAUGCUGAUCUCAGAGUCUGGAUUGUUUGGGAUCAUAGUAAAAUCUGUAUCGAGGUUUUGGAGGCUACUGAUCAGAUUGUUCACUGCAAAGGAAGAUUUGUUGGAGAUGAUAGAGAAUUCUUCUUGUCUUUCGUUUAUGCACAAAAUGAUUCUAAUAAGAGGAAGGAACUUUGGGACAUAAUGCAGAGGUUAUCAACUAAUGAUGCCUGGUGUGUUUUAGGGGACUUCAAUACUGUCCUCAACCUUGAUGAAAGGUUAGGUGGUAACAUUACAAAUUGGGAAGAACCUAGGCUGUUUAAGGACUGUCUAAAUAAUUGCGGCCUGGAAGACCUUCCCUAUGAAGGGUCUAAGUACACUUGGACUAAUAACCAAAGUAAAGAAACCAGAAUCUACUCAAAGCUUGACAGAGUUCUGGGUAAUGUGGAAUGGACAAUCAAAUUUAAUUUCAAAGUCUUCUUCAAUGAAAGAGGUAUUUCUGAUCAUUCUCCAAUGAUCCUGAAAACUUUGGAACAGGAAGGGCAUAAUUUCUGUUUCAAGUACUGUGAUAUGUGGGCAUUAGAUCCAAGCUUUCCUUCACUGGUUUCAGAAAUUUGGGAUCAAAAACAAGAAGGCUACCUGAUGCACCAAGUCACCCAAAAACUCAAGAGGCUUAAAGGUCCUUUAAGGACCCUUAACAGAGACAAAUUUCAAUUUCUUGAUAAACAAGUGGAAAUCCUGCGCACCAAGUUACACCUCACUCAAGCAGAGCUGAAGAAUAACUUGAAUGAUGACAACCUCCUUGAAGCUGAAAAACAGUUAACUCAGGAGCUUUAUUUAAAAAUGAAAGCCUCCUUUCUUUUGAGAAGACAACAAGCAAAGGCAGAUUGGAUCACCUUUGGAGAUCAUGACUCUAAACUCUUCUAUGCAUGGGUUAAGAAGAGGAAAGCAACCAACCAAUUAACAUCUAUAAGGAAUGCAGAACAUGAAAUUGUGGAGGGUAAGCAGGCAGUAGCUAAAGUACUUGUUGAUUUCUAUCAAGAACAACUGGGGAGAACAAAACCAACAGAUGAUAUCAAUGGAGAGAUAAUCAAUAUGGUAGCCUGCAAAGCUGAAGAAAACACUAUCCAUUGUAUUAUGAGAGCUCUACAACACUUUAGGGCUACUACCGGGCUGUCUGUUAAUCAGGGAAAAUCUGAAAUCAUUUUUGGAGGGAUCAAAACGCAGGUGGAACAUAAACUGUUGCAGAUCACCAACAUGAGGAAAGGACAGCUGCCAUUCACAUACUUAGGAGGUCCCAUUACAUCCUCAAGAAUCAGUGCAAAGGAAUGUGAAAGGCUUAUUGAGAAAAUGACAAGUAAGAUUAAUGCCUGGACAUCAAAGAACCUCUCAUAUGCUGGCAAAUGCAAGCUGAUUAAUGCUGUGUUAUAUGGCAUAAUCAGUUUUUGGAGUAGAUUGUUUCAAAUCCCCGCCAAGGUAAUGAUGAAGAUCCAAGGACUAUGCAGGAAUUUCCUUUGGGGCUCCACUCAGGAAAAGAAAAGAGUUCCUUUGGUUGCUUGGGAAGAUAUCUGCAUGCCUAGAAAAUAUGGAGGGCUUGGAUUUAAAAAUCUGGUGCUAUGGAACAAGGCAAGUCUUAUGAAGUUGAUUUGGGAUAUUUCACUAAAAAAGGAUAUCUUGUGGAUCAAAUGGAUCCACAAUAAGUACUUAAAGAAGUGCAGUAUUUGGGACCUUCAGAGCAAAAAUGACAGUUGUUUCUAUUGGAAAAAACUCCUCCACGUGAGAGACUGUUUUGCCGAUAUGGAUAAAACUACUGCAUACUCACCUAAUGCGGGAUAUCUAUGGUUAUUGGGGGAGAAACAGAAGGCUGAAUGGGAGGGAUUUGUAUGGAAUAAACUCACAAUACCAAAACAUAAAUUCAUCUUAUGGCUGAUUUGUAGAGGGAAGCUUCAAACAAAAUGUAUGCUGGCCAGAUUUUUACCCAUUGAUACCUUAUGCCAGUUUUGUUUGAAGGAGCAGGAGGAUAUUGAACAUCUAUUGUGCAAAUGUGAAUAUGCAAGAGAUAUCUACAGAAAGCUCCUCCCUAGUCUUGGCUAUAAUUUUGAAGGUCGCAACCUUAAAGAAGUGAUAAGGGAUUCCUUAAAGAUAAAACCACUUAGGAAGAGAAGGGAAAUCAUUUCCACUUAUGCAGCAACUGCCUAUGCAAUAUGGAAGGCCCGUAACCAAAAGAUUUUCCAAGGGAAAUCCAAGCCUACUGAGGAUGUAUUCCAGGAGAUUAUAUACCAAGUGAGUGUGUAUAUGGAAGGAAAAGGAAAAGCCUAGUUACUUUCGGUUUUUUUUUCUUCUUCUUGCGCAGUUCUAGAAUGCUUGUCCAUUUGGAGUAUUUUGUUCUCCUGUUCUUUGUAAUAUGUUGUUUUCAUUGACAUUUGGUGGUGAAAUAUAUUUGCUUUCGGUUC